ACCACGAUGACACCACCAGGGACAUGGACAGAGACAGGGCCAUCGCCUGCUCUUGCCUCAGGGCACCCAACAGCACCCACAAGACCCCAUGGAUGCUCCCCCAUGGCCGCUGCCCCACGGCUGCCCCACAGGACAUCUUCCCCAGUGGCUGCAAGGAGAGAGUCCAGACCUGGCUGGCUGGAAACCUGGUUACCAUCGCGGGGGUUUGCAUAGGCAUCGCCCUGGGGGAGCUGUCGCUGCUGAUGCUGUCGAUGUUCCUGGUCCGGAACCUGGACUCCCACUACGAGAAGCUGCUGCGAGGGCUCUGAGGGGGCCAGGGUGGUGUGGGGGGAAGCGCGAAGGUCUUUAUCCUUCAAUAAGCCGUUGGGAAGCAGCGGAAUCGCGACGGGACCGGGAGCGGAGCGCGAAGGCGCGGCCCGCGUGGAGCGGCGGGGCUACGCCCCCGUUCCUCUGGGCGGGAACGGCUCGCGCGAGGCCCCGCCCCUCCCCUCCUCCGGAGGCGAUUCCCGGCGCCCCCUCAGCCCCGUGACGCUCCCGGGACUCCCCGGAACCCCGGCCGUGCCCGGGCAGCCGUGGUACCGGAGCACCCCCAAACACCAUGGCUGCAGGAGUUCCCUGCGCCCCGGGCGCCGUCAUCCCCCUGCCAGCCCCUGCCGAGAGCGGCUGCUCGGACGAGUUCGCCCUGGACUGCACCUUCGCUGCCUGCGACCCCGAGCGGACAGGGAUGGUGCGGCCGCAGCAGGUGGUGGAGUACGUGGCGGCGAUGACAGGACACAGCGGGCACGACGGGCGGCUGCAGGCACUGCGGCGGGCGCUGGACCCUGCGGCCGCAGGCACGGCGCUGGACUGGGCCCGGUUCCGCACGGCCAUGGGCGCCUGGAUCACGGCAUGCCGGCAGGAUGAGGCUGAGGAGCAGGACGUGGCAACUGGUGACACUGCUCCAGUGCCAGCAGAGGAUGACGGACACACGUCCCCAGCAGCUGCCCAGCUCCAGGGUGACAACAUGGACGUCACCACCCUCAGCGCUGAGGCUGCGGGACUGCGGAGCCGUGCCCAGCAACUGGCGGCCCAGAACGCCAAACUUCAGCGGGAUGCGGAGCUGGCUGAGGAGCUCAACGCCCGCCUGGCUGAGGAGAUUGCACAGCUCCAGACGCAGCUGCGAAGCAGCCGGCAGGCACUGGAGCAUGCCAGGGUGGCUGUCGAUGAGCUGGACGACAUGAAGGCCGUGGUGAAGCAGCUCGAGGAGGAGAACACCGAGCUCCGGAGGCAGGCACGGCACGCGGAGAAGGAGCAGCACAGUCUGUGCUCGCAGGCCGAGUGCCUACAGGAGGAGAACCAGCGGCUCCUCGCCGAGGGCCAGGGUCUGCGGGAGCAGAUCCAGGUGCAGGCAGCUCGGACGGCCAGCCUGGAGGACCAGCUCUGCCGUGGCACUGCCCUGCUCUCUGCCCGGGAUGCAGCCCUUGCCCAGGCAGGGCAGCGGGCACAGGAGCUAACAACAGCACUGGAGGAGUAUGAGCGGAUGGUGCAGGAAUUGCGUCUGGAGACGACGCGGCUGCGGCAGCAGCUGGGCCAGAUGCGGGACGCCUGGGCCAUGCGCCCGUGGUGCCCGAGCAGCCAGCCAGACAUCCAGGCCAUGGCAGCGGUGAACCAGGAGACAGCAGACAAGGAGGAGGAGGAGGACAGAGGGAUGGCACUGUCAGGAGGAGGAGGCCUGCUGUGGAGCAGUGAGGAGGUGGCCAAGGCAGUGACCCCACAGGCACCACUGUCACCAUGGACACCACUGUCACCAUGGGCUCUGGCGCUGCUGGCACUGCUGGCCCUGCUCUACUUCUUGCCCUGCCAGUGGCCCCAGCUCCAGCUGCACUACCGGAACCCCCCACCCCUGUGAGACCCCCAGUAAAGGCCAGUUGCGCAAUUCUGUGUCCACCCCACUCUCGACCA